GUAUUACAGUACGGAUAGAAAACACCUCAGCUCCACGGUUUUGUGUCAUUUUCAUUUGGGUGACUAAAUCUUGCUGAAAGUGUCAGUUGAAGAAGCAAAAUGAACAUGGUGUAUCAGGAUUUGCAUCCACAAGUGAAGAGAAAAGUCCACAGGAGAAAGGAGACAUCCAUGGAAGAAGGCGAAUGGGGAAGAAAGUGAGGUGAACCAUCGGACUUUCAUUCCAGCCGAUGAACGACUGAAAAUGAGCUUUGAGAACACGGCACAGAGGACAGAUGGAGAUGAAUCUUCUGUCAAACACCGGCUGCUGCUGCUGAUUGGGAAAACCGGGUCUGGGAAAAGCAUCACAGGAAACAUGAUCUUCAAUGCUUCAGUGUUUGAGUCCAGGAAAAGCUCUUCAUCAGUGACGAGAGUCAGUCAAACACACACUGGAUCUGUGAAUAACCGCAGAGUAACAGUGGUCGAUACUCCAGACUUCAGAUUCUCCACACACACUGACUUUGACUCAGACUUUGAGCUGAAGACCACUCUUCGGUCAUGUGCACCAGGAGCUCAUGUUAUUCUGCUCUUUCUGCCUUUAAGCACCUUCACUGAGCAGGAGCAGGAGUUCAUCCACUGGUUUGAGCAGAAGUUUGGUGCAGAAGCUCUCAGAUUUACUCUGGUGCUCUUCACUCACGCAGAUAAACCACACAUGAGGACACUAGGAGAACUGAUCAGGGGAAACACCCAAUUAUCUGAUUUCAUUAAUCGGUAUGGUCACAGAUAUCAUGAGUUCAACAUUAAAGCUCCAGCAAACAGUCGACAGGUGACUGAACUGAUGGAGAAAGUAGAGAGACUGGUAUCUGAGAACUCACACUCCUGCUAUACACUGGAGAUGAUGGAGGAGGAGGAGAAGAGGAGAGAAGAGGAGAAGAGGAGAGAGGAGGAGGAGAAGAGGAGAGAGGAGGAGGAGAAAGAGAGAGAACAUCAGAUUGCAUUAGAGAGAGUCAGACGAGAGACAGAGAUACAGGUCAGGAGAGAAUAUGAGGAGGAAAAACAGAGGAGAGAAGAGGAGAAUAGAGAGAGAGAAGAGCAGAUGGCAUUAGAGAAAACCAAAAGAGAGACAGAUUCUUAUGAUGAGCAGGUCAAAUUAGUAAAAAUAUCUAGGAAAAAUCAAUAUGCUUUUCGAGGUACAACAGCUGCUGCUGUUGUAGGUAGUCUUGUUGGAGGUGCUGCUGCUGCUUUUGCAGUUGUUGCUUUUGCAGGUGUUGCUUUUGGAGGUGCUGCUUUUUCAGGUGUUGCUCUUACAGGUGCUGCUGUAGGUGCUUUUCUUGAAUUUGCACUUAGAAGUGUUGGAAGCAUGCUCAGAGCUGAUGAUAGAGAUGUUGUUGAAGCUGGUGAUGGAGGUGUUGUUAAAGCUGGUGAUGGAGGUGUUGUUGGAGCUGGUGAUGGAGGUGUUGUUGGAGCUGGUGAUGGAGGUGUUGUUGGAGCUGGUUAUGGAGUUGUUGUUGGAGCUGAUGAUGGAGGUGUUGUUGGAGCUGAUGAUGGAGGUGUUGUUGGAGCUGGUGAUCAAGGAAUAAGUAUUGAAGCUGUUUAAGGUGAUGCUGCUGAUGGAAAUUGAAGAGACUCAGAACAAUAAGCUUUCAUGAGGCCACGAAAUCUUAGAGGUAGCACUGGUUGAGAACAUCAGUUUUUAAUCAGCAACAUUAACGUUUCAUAAUUUUUUAGGGGGGAAAGAGAGAUUAGAUAGACUGGUAGGUAGACAGAGCCAACUUCCUGUUUUGUAGCAAUUGUACACUUUUAUUUCCAUGUGAACAAGCAUUUUAGAAUCGACCAUGAAAAGGUGAAAUGUGGUUACAAAGUAGAAUAGUACACACCAACCUUAAAUAAAAAGUCUUGGUUUGUCAAAUAAAUUUUGUCAUGUGUGAUGUAAUGUUUGCUACAUGAAUAAAUUACAGUGUUUCUCUUUAUUGGUUUGGCUCAUUUCUUGAAACAAAAAUUACAUUCUCAAAAUUCUAAGACCAUUUGGCAAAACAGUGUUACAGUUUAACACAACACUAUAGCCCACUUGCAAAAGCUCAUACCUUUCCCAAAACAGUUCACUCGUGUCAAAACUAAAUUUCCUUCUCAUUUAAACAAUCAGUGCCCCCAAAAUUCUUCGUCCCUUUAGCAUUGUGUAAGCACUGCAAGUCAAAAUGUUUAUAUGUUUUGUCAUUAUGGCAAAGGACCACUAAAAUAUACCUCAUGUCCACCUUACAGUCUUAGACCAGUCCUUCAUUGACAAAGGUUACUGUACUCUUUUUGUCUAGCUAACAGAAUACAAUUGUGUAUAAAACUGAAAAAAAUAAAUUGGAUUUUAGGGUAAGAGUAGCCUCCAAGGUUUGACGUCCUACAUUGCACUCAUACUGCCAAGGAAAUUUUAACUCCUUUUUUAUUGUAAUGAUCAACCACACACAAAGGAACUUCCAUAUAUCAGUGCAAAAAGCUAUAAAAAUAAUAAAUUAAAAAAAUAGCUUUAAUAAAUUGUAAUCAAAUGUUUCAAGGAUUGACCUAUUGUAUGGUAUUCAUGGUAUUAUGGUCUUGACUAAUUUUGACAAUUUAACAGACUAUUGUGCAUGUGAUGACUUAUACAAUGAAAUGAUGCUGACACAUUUUGGAGAGAACAACCAUUAGACUAAGAAUUAACAAUCAGUUUAGAUCAACAAGAUCUAUUUACUUGGAAAUUGGGCUAAAUGUCGGCUACCUGUACUUAAUCAUUUGCAAAGAUGUACUUAGACAUUAGCAAUUUGAUGAAAUGAAUGAGAAAAUCAAUGCUGUUGUGAACAAUUGCCAAGUGGUUUGGAGGUUUGUCUAUGCUGUUUUGAGAAUGUAAUUUCUGUUUCAAGAAAUGAGCCAAAUCAAUUGAGAAAAACUGUAAUGCAAUUAUUACAGAACAAAUAUAUACACAUUUAAAAAUGUUUAUGAUAUAUGAUGUGAUUCAUUUAAAAGUUAAUAAAAUGCAAAGCCAGAAGAUCAGCAUACAUCACUAUAAGGCAUUUAAGUAAAAACUGGUGUUAAUUAGUGUUUUUUCAGUGGAAUAUUAUGCAAUUGGUUUGGUUUUUAAUUAGAUGUAUAUAUUGUUUAAUUAAUUGUAUGUGUGUGUGUGUGUGUGUGUGUGUGUGUGUGUGUGUGUGUGUGUGUGUGUGUGUGUGUGUAUAUAUUAGGGCUGUCAAAAUUAGUGCGUUUCAGUUUUUCUUGAUUGCUUUGAUCUGGUUAAAGAAACUAGGAUCUCCGCCAUUUUCCUCAUCACAAUCCCAGCAGAGAAGAGGACAUGUCUUGCAAAUGUGUAAACUCUUUCUCAUUGGAUAGACAAAAUUUCCCCAAUGUUUUUCAAAACUGUUAACACGGAUGUCAUUCAAGCAGUCCAAACUCCAUUGUUUUACCUAUGGUAACCAAACAGAAACCAUCUAUUCCUAACUAUUAGAAACUACCAAGAUCAGAAUGAAUUCACUGAAGCACCGGUUUGACACUCCUUCAUACAAAUCUUCAAUUAGCAAUCAGUCUGCAAACAUUAUAAAUGGUGGAAAGUCUGUGUUUUGUGCCAGCAUUGAUGGAGGAGGUCAAUAGUCGCCAUGUCCUAUUUACAGUCCAAUAGAUUUGACUGUAUAUUUGUUUACAUGUGUUUUCUCUAAUAUUUACAGUAUUUUAUUACUUUUAUCUGUUUUUUUACAGUAUUUCAGUUUUCAGCCACAGUUUGAAAAAUGUCCUGAAUUCAAUAUAAAUUUAAUCAAAGCAUUUCUUAUUCUGGAUCCAAUUCUUUGCAAAAAGACAAAUUUGCCCAAAUAAAAAGACAUCAAACGGCAUGGGCAAUAGGCUACAAUGGCAAGCAAUGGUGCACUGAUUCACACUGAGUUCUGUAUUUUGCUGUCCAUUGUGUAAUGAUUAAUUGAAAGAGCUCAUAUACUUGUUUGCAAGUUGUGUUGUUUAAAAGUAAAACUAGCUUUUGUUGCAUAUUUUAAAUGUUUUGACACGGUAUGUGCGUUUUGCAAGCAAAAUGUGUCAUUUUGACGAUGAGUGCCACUGUUUAGGUCUGUGUGUUAACGGUUUUGAAAAUGAGGAGUUUCAGUUGACAACUGCAUCAAAGCAAUCAAAAAAAACUGUAACACAUGCCAGUGGCGUUGCGAGGGGGGACUUUGGGGGCUUAAGCCCCUGAUGUAUUGUAAAAAGCCCCUGAUCUUUUGGAAUAUG